GUUUCCUCCUCCCGCAGCAAGAGCCGUGCCGCUCACUUCAAGGCCGGCUCUGGCCAGCGCCGUGUCAUCAUGAGCGCCCCCCUUAGCAAGGAGCUGCGCGAGAAGUACAACGUCCGCAGCAUCCCCAUCCGCAAGGACGACGAGGUCACCAUUGUCCGUGGCUCCAACAAGGGCCGUGAGGGCAAGGUCACCUCCGUCUACCGUCUCAAGUACGUGAUCCACGUCGAGCGUGUCACCCGCGACAAGGCCAGCGGCCAGAGCGUCCCUCUGGGCAUCCACCCCUCCAACGUCGUCAUUACCAAGCUCAAGCUUGACAAGGACCGUGAGAGCAUCCUGGCCCGCUCCAAGGUUGGCCGUGAGCUCCGUGUCCCCAACAAGGUCUCUGCUUAA